UCAACUACUACUUUGUAUUCGUGUCAGAUAAAGGAAAAGUAAAAAUAAAAUAUUUUUACUUUCUAUACUUAUUUUUAUUGCAAAAACGCGAAAUUCAUUUUGAUUUUUGUGUAAUUUUUAUUAUUUCUCUAUUGACUACAGAACAAACACAGUUGACAGAUAUGUCAGAUACUGAAAAUUGCGCUAAAAGAAAGAAAGUUGUCAUUGCUUUUACUCCAUUCUUGGCGUUUGUAAUUUUGACUUAUUCUGGAUACGGUGCUGUGAUAUGUCUGCAAACCAGCAUCAAUAUUAAAGGGGGUGUAGGUGCGGGGUCGACCACGGCAGCUCACAUUACAGCAGGGAUUUUCGGAUUGGUCUUUGUGCCUGUUGCCAUGAAAAAAACUACAAUCAGAAAAAUGUUAACUUUUUCUACGAUGACUCACUUUAUUUACAUUUUAUUAAACUUCUAUCCAGUCCCGUACCUUCUAAUCCCUGCCGGAAUACUUGUGGGAAUGGGAAGUUCUACAAUGUGGCCAGCCAUGAUGGUAUAUGUUGCCCAUUUUGCCAGACGAUUCGCCAAAUUUAGCUCCAAACCGACCGCCGAAAUUAUAACCGAAUUCACUGGAUAUUUCUUUUGCACUUUCCAAAUAAGCCAGACACUUGGGAACUUAUUAAGUUACGCAAUUCUUUACUCGGGAAAAACUAUCACCGAAGGCAACUUUAACAACAGAUCUAUCUUGGAUUUAUCGGUUUGCGGCGCCAAUGAUUGCCAGAACCCGAACGUCACAAAUGCCAAUUUGAACCAGUAUGUUCCACAGACAAAAUCUGUACUUUACGCCAUGAUAGGAGUUAUGGCUGGUCUUGUUUUGGUGGCAGUUGGCAUUUUGGUGUUUAUUAUGCCCAAAAUUGACCCAACAUUAGAAUUAGAUUUGGCACCUGAAUCCCAUGUGUCAAGUGUAUGUGACACGGUUCAUGUUGGCACUCAGGGUGUAUUUAAUGCAGAAGGAAGAGAAUCAAACAACAAUGAGGAAGGAACGCUAAAGUUUAUGAGAAGAACUUUGCUGGAAACAAUGAAACACAUAGUCAACCCAAAGCAAUUGCUGAUUACACCAUUUGUAAUUUACAGCGGUGUGUACGAAGCGUACGUAUUCGCAGAGCUGCCCCGAGCCUUUGUCUCUUGUAUGCUUGAUGUUUCACAGGUUGGACUCUGCCUCGCGGUUGCAUACACAUGUAAUGCGCUAGUGUCUUACUUCUUCGGCAUAUUGACAAACAAAUACGGCCGCAAUAAACCGUUCUUGGCAGUCGCAUUAUUCAAUAUUGGUAUUUACAUAUUUCUCUUGCUUUGGGUGCCUACACCGACAACCACUUGGCUUGUUUACGUCAUUUCCGCUCUUUCGGGCUGUGUUGAGGGUGUAUGGAUACCACAAAUCAACAGUUUACAUGGAACUAUGUUUCCUGAAAGCCAAAAGAAGGCGUACGUAAUAUGGAACUUUUAUUUGGCAAUCGGCAUCGCUAUUCAGUUGGGUUGGAGCACGAGUCUCUGUGUUUAUAUCAAGUUAUACAUUCAGAUUUCUUUAUUGUGUUUUUCUCUGAUUUGCUAUGGAAUUUGUGAAGUCCGUUAUAAAACAAGACACCAGUAAUGGAGAAGAUGGAUUAAAAUAUUGAAUCAAAUUUAGAUAAACAAUCGUGUUAGCUAUUGCUUAACUUGAAUCAAUGACAUAUAUAUGUUUAUAUAUUGUUGCUUGAAUAGAGUCGUUUUCCGGCCACGCGAGAAUAAA